UAGUGACACGGGCGACAUCACCGUCUGAAAUUCGCUUUUCAUCAUUUCUUUUUAUUCCGAGUGUUGGCUCAGCUGUCGCCUCCCAUUUUCAGAUUUCAUUUUCUUUUUCUUCGGAUUCAUACAAACGUGAGUCUGCAGCUAUAGCAAAGCCAAUGGAAGCCACAAAGGAAAACCGCCUGCCCUCUUCAGAUCUUCAAGGGCAUCCAAGAAUGGAGGAGAAUCUGAAGGCCCUCCAUCACCGGUUGCCUCUCCGUAGCAUCAAUCAGAAUCUUAUGCCUAACAGAAGCCCUGUUCAUUCCCGCAAGAGCAAAGGACACACAGUUCUGCAUCAUCAACCCCCUCAGCCUCAUGCAACUAAGAAACAGAACAUGUUGGCUCCCAACCCGAGCUACACCUUUGACUGUGAAAUCAUAGCUAUCGACGACGACGAUGAGGAUGCCAGUGACAAUGCAGUUCCAGAAUUCGUCAAGCAUACUGAAGCCAUGCUCGAUGAAAUAGACAGGAUUGAGGAAGUUGAAAUGGAAGAUGUGCAGGAACCUGUUUUAGACAUCGACGCCUGCGAUAGGACAGACCCACUUGCAGUUGUUGAGUACAUCGAUGAUAUCUACAGCCUCUACAAGAAAAUCGAGGAUUCGAGCUGUGUCUCUCCAAAUUACAUGACUAAUCAAUUUGACAUUAAUGAGAGGAUGAGAGCCAUUCUUGUUGACUGGCUUAUUGAGGUUCACUACAAAUUUGAGCUUUUGGAGGAGACAUUGUUCCUUACUGUCAAUCUCAUCGACAGGUUCCUGGAGCGUCAGUCAAUGAUCAGAAAGAAACUUCAGUUAGUCGGCGUAACAGCUAUGCUAAUAGCUUGUAAGUACGAGGAGGUCUCAGUCCCAACUGUUGAGGAUUUUAUUCUGAUAACAGACAAGGCAUAUACAAGAGAUGAAGUUUUAGCUAUGGAGAAAUUGAUGAUGAACAGUUUGCAAUUCAACUUGUCGGUGCCUACUCCAUACAUGUUCAUGAGAAGAUUUCUGAAGGCAGCUCAUUGUGAUAAAAAGCUGGAGCUCUCGUCCUUCUUCUUGGUUGAGCUUUGCUUGGUGGAAUACAAAAUGCUGAAGUUUUCACCAUCUUUGCUAGCUGCUGCAGCCAUUUUCACAGCUCAAUGUAGCAUGUACCAGUUUAAGCAAUGGACUAAGACCAGUGAGUGGUAUACUGAUUACUCAGAAGAGCAGCUUCUAGAAUGCUCAAGGCUGAUGGUUACUUUCCAUCGGAAAGCUGGAUCAGGAAAACUCACCGGUGUAUAUAGAAAGUACAGUACAUGGAGAUAUGGCUGUGCCGCAAAAGUAGAGCCAGCUCUGUUUUUACUGGAUAAUUAACGGGAAUGGGAACCCUCAUAUGGAGCUUCUGGCUUCUGGGUAGCAAUACUUUUGGAUUUUUGGAGAGUGAUUUGGAGAGCUUGGCAAAGACCUGGCAACCUUUCAGUGAAGGUUGUAUUCAAGGCCUACCUUACUGGUUGUAUAGAAACAGCCCUGUUUCUGCUGGAUAAUUUGAGAGUUUGCUCGUAGAAUGCAAGUAGUAGUAGAAUGCAACUUUCAGGUGUUGUUGACAAUCACUAAAAGUUACUUUGAGUAUAAUGUGUGUAGAAUGGAUAUUCAAGGUAUUGUAAUAAUGGUUGUGAUAGUAUAAUGAUAAGAUAAAAUGAGUAGGUUAAGAUUAUUG